UAUGAUCAUUUUGGCGUUAAUUUAAAAUUAACGUCCAAUGAUUUUACUGAUAAGAUAAACCAGUUUCGUAGCAUAUCAAUUCAAAAUAAAGUCUUAUCUACAUGAGGAUUUUAGCGAUAUAAAGCUAGUUGUUGCACAUAUAUCAUAAAUCAAGUCAAAGGCGGACAAACUUGAAAACAUUUCCUUAUGAGAUUUAGCGAAUAGCGGUCAACGUCAACAGAAUGUCAAGGCCAUUCAAAGUCUGGAGUGGCGACCGAACCAAUAAGAAGUCCGUGACUGCAGCCACGCUACAUGAGCUCGUGUUUAAGGGGAGAGAGAAGCUGGGACUGGCGAACACAGAGGUGGUGAGGGUGGUGCUGGAAGAAGAUGGAACAGAAGUAGACGAGGAGGACUACUUCACCUUUCUCUCCAACAAUGCAACGUUGCUGAUGUUGCGAACCUCGGAGAAGUGGAGGCCACAGGGAGCAGAGGAGGUGUCUCGUGAUGAAGUGGACACGAUGGACGGGGCCCAGGGAAUGUCUGAGCGGGUCAAACAGCUGGUCAGCGGGCUACAGAGGGAUGUAUCGCGGAUCAUUACAUUUUCCAACGAGGACUUGCAGCAAAUUGUGGACAUAUCGGUGGAGGAGCUGGCUUCACUGCUCCAGGACACGGAGAGUUAUGCCAAGGCUCUGCAAGACUCCUGUAGUCGACACCUGGAUGAGAGACAGCAGGCCGCAGAGGCCAUCGACCUUCUGCGUCUCUACCACAAGGCAAGGCAGCACAGCCCAUAUGUGGAGGCUGGCAAGAAGCGGAAAGUCGAGGACAAGGAAUAGACUUUUUAUCAUGAAUUCAUACUAUCAAUCAUCUCUGCAUUAUUACGGGGGGCCACGGGGGGGCCCAGUUGUCUAAGGUGCCGCAAUUUGCUGUGCAGAGUUGCAUCCCUUAGGCACGCCAGAAACCUAUGAUUGUGGGUUCGAUUCCCGGUUCGCGCCGUUUAUGUUUCUAGGUUUGUCAGCACCAAACCCGUGCUCGUGGGUUUCACCGAAGUGGUAAACGUCUGAUAACUGCAUCACUUCGAGCUUUCCUCCCACAUUAAGCUGACACACCGCGAUAUAACUGGAAUACUGUUAAAAGCGGCGUUAACCCCAACUCACUCACUCACUCUGCGUUAUUACAGAUGUCUUGGUACAUGUGUAGGAUGGGAGUCAACAUUUCAUAUAAUGUGUGCAAGUGAAUAUACUUUAGCAUUAGUUUUCGUUACAAGUUGAAGGAGUAAUGUUUUACUAUUCACAGCAGGACUGACUUUUUAUUCUGUUAAUGUAAACAUUCCAACUGUGAGUUGUGUCCAAAUUAUCAUGUCUGACAAUGGCCACCUUACUCGGAAAUGAAAUCCAACCCAAUACACUUUAGAACAAUAGGGGCACAUGUGGCCCUUGUGUCCAAGACACCACAACUCACUGGCAGAGUUAUGUCCCUUAGGAGUGCUGGAUUCUGUGAUCAUGGGUUAGUACGCUGAUUAUGAUCCUUGGCUUAGCACCAUACCAUGUGGGUUUCACCAAAAUGGUAAAAGUCUGUGACCAUUACAAAUGGUUUCACCAAAGUAGUCAGCGCUCAACCCUUUGGAGUGUACUAGCCUAAACAAGGUCCUUAGCAUCAUUUUCAGUUGAUUUUAGUGUUAUUACAGACCACUAUUAGGUGAGCUUACUGGACCGAAUAGGAUGUUUAAGACUCGGACUUUGGACUGCUUGCUAAAGUCGAAGACUGCCAAAUUGGUAAAAGUCUGUGACUUGCUUCCUUUUUGGCUUCUUCCAGUAUUGAGCUGACACACUGACCUUGUGAACAGCCUGACACUCAACCCACUCAGUGUUGCUAACAUGGAAACCAAAACAUACUCUGCACGUUAUGAUGAGAGCCAGGUUAUUGAUGGUUACCAAGCAACAGUUUUAGGAGUGAAGACAUAGUUGACAUUUCCAUCUUCUUUAUUCUUUCAAUAAGUUUCAUUGCAAUUUUGGAUAAAGUUACAAGCAUCUGAACUGAAACAUUACAUUGAACACUAAGCAGCUGGAAUCCAUAAGUCCACUUCAUUUAUACUGCAGUCUCUAAAGCUCUACUUAGAUGUCAUGUAUUAUUAGGGAGUGAUCAUUUAUCAUGAACCUUCACAGAUCAGUGAGUAAUCAUUUAUCAUGAACUUUCACAGAACUGUGUCAUCAUUUAUCAUGAACUUUCAUAGAAAUGGGUCAUCAUUUAUCAUGCACCUUUAUGGAAAUAUGAGUAAUCAUUUAUCAUGAACCUUCACAGAUCAGUAAGUAAUCAUUUAUCAUGCACCUUCACUAAUCAGUGAGUAAUCAUUUAUCAUGAACCUUCACGGAACAGUAAGUAAUCAUUUAUCAUGAACUUUCACAGAACAGAACAUGUUUAGAAAUAACAUGGAAACUUUUGACACAACCCCUCACUGGUACUAAAGUACUGCAUUACUGAACGUCCUUUUUCUGGUUUACCAAGAUAUGUUUUGUAGAAUGGCAGCAAUUCAAGAUGUUUUACAUGGUACAUGUGUUUUAUUUUUCAUGUCAUGUUAGUGUGUGAAUUGUUUGUUGUUUUGUCCAUUGAUAAGGGUAGUGUCAAUGAAGGCAUUACUUCCCUUGUCACAGUCAGUUUUUAUGAAGGAACAAGUGCCUUUGAUCAGUUCAGUGGCAUCAUUAUCAGUUUAUUAUCAUGCAUUAAGGGAAAGAUGGUACUGUUUUGAGUGUUUAUCUUGUUGAUGUGUUUAAUGGAUACCAUGGGAUCAACAUUAUAAAUGUGUUACAUUAAAUGUAACUUGAUUGUAAUCACCUUAGGAGACAGGAAAAGUGACAUAUUUUGUCAAGUUGCUUUCACUGCACAUCAGAAACAAUCACAUGUAUCACAAACCUCCUAAUCACCAGUGUAGUUUUUAUAAAUGUUAAUGAUUUUGAUAUCUUAUUUAUCUAAUUGAAUAAAUUGUUUUGUAUUUUU